AGCCAUUUGGAUCGUAAAUCCCCGUCGCGAGAAUCUCGCGUCAGAUGGCCUUGAAAGAUAGCUUAGUGAAGCUAAAGGCCUUCGCAGCAGCACCAUGGUUCCCGAUUUUGGUUGGUAUUUUGUCAGGGGCCAACCUUUUCCUGCUGGUCAUGUCAGCACCUUUGGUGAUCCUCUACUGCUCAGCUGUGCUGGCAAACCCUAAGAGAUGGCUGUACACAGCCAUUGCCAAUGCAGUUGGCACGGUGCUGGGCUGCUUAGUGCUCAUCAUUCUCAUGGAAGAGCGGGGCAUGGACUUCAUCAAGGAGUCGUUCCCGGCCACCUUCACUAGCAAAUGGUGGUCUUGGACCGAAGGAAUGAUGCAAUCAUAUGGCUCCAUUGCCGCAGUGCCCGUGUCUGCCAUGCCCAUCAUCCUUCACCCGUUGAUCUUCUUCGGGAAGCUCUCCAAGAUGAGCGACGCAACGAUUUUGCUGGCCAUUUUGCUUGGCCGGAUCAUCAAGUACAGCAUCAUGGCGCAGAUGGCGCUCACUGCGCCACAGUUGCUCCGAUUCUUUGGAGCCUCCCAGGAAACGAUACAGGCGGUGAAGAAGACAAAGGCCACCUGAAUCUCAGUUCGCCAUGGCAAUGAGAGCUCUGAAACUGAAGGGCCCUUUGAUUGUCAAAUUUUCUGAUUCUUGCGUCCACUCACAUGAAGCAA